AUGAUUAGUGAUCAUAAGAGAGGAAUUAAGACCAUUUGGCCCAAAUUGAAGCAGUUUAAACAUAUCAUUCAUUCAAAUACAACAAGCAUCAGAUAUCUUUGGUGCAUCUUUCCAUUUAACCCUAAUUCAAAUUGUGUAUUUGGAUUGUGCCGGGGAUGGCCGUUUGUCAACUAUUGGAAACUAAGAUUGUCAUGUCAAGUUUACUUGUCCCAAAUUCUAAUCCAUAGUUCCUUAGUAAGGGCACAAUUAAGACUUUCCAUUAUUUUUUCCAGGUAUAGACCAAUUAAUGCGGGGAAAUUUCCAUCUGUAACUGAAGCUCUAAAAGAAGUGGGUGGCUCUUUUUAUGUUGUUAAGAAGGCUCUUCAAGAGUUGGAAUAUAAACCUAACGUAUGUUCCUCAAACAGCAGUUAUGAAAAUUCAUCAGCAAAAGUUGUCAAUAAAGAGGAUAAAUCAUUUUCUGUAGUUGAAGUGGUCUCAACUGGAGUCAGAGUCCAAGAUGCCACUUGUGCAAAAGCUGUGAAUGAUGUAAAGAUUCUUGACACAAAUGACAAGCAACUGGAGGCUGACAGAGGUAGUUGUCCUGAUUUUGUUUUGGAAGAAAAUAGUGUUCUAAAAUUUGAUGCCAAGGCUAAAGGUCUUGAGGGACAAGCAGAUGAUAAAGUAGAGACUGUUGGGAUAGAUAGUGCUGACAAAUUUCAAAUGUUUCUGAACAAACAAAAAAAUGUCAAAGCUACUAAUCAAGAUCUUGAAUCAGAAGAAUUGGGUAAAACUGAGUUUUGGGGUGUUCAAAUGUUUGUAGAUGUGAUUGCAUGUAUUUUCAUCAUGACUCCACCACAAAUGUUGCUCUGA